AUGCAGGGUAGAGCUGGUGCAAUUGCCCUCAGGAGGUGGCAACAACUCAGGUCUCUCUCUGGAUCUCAACACUUUUUCCACAAUGCUCCUAAAUUUACCUCGUCCUCAGCAUCUGAAAUGUCUCACUUCAAUGCCCUCGCUUCCUCGUGGUGGGAUGUGAAUGGCCCCCAGCGAAUUUUGCACAAGAUGAACUUGUUACGAAUGGACUUCAUCUACAGCACAAUUCUGCAGCACUUGAAGCUAAAUUCCAAGGUCAGCUCUGCAGAAGACGAAAUCUAUAUUCCCCCAUAUAAUGUUGACUUGUUGCCAGCACCUGUCAGAGAGAGAAUACUUUUAGAUCAGGAGGAAAGGAAAGAAGAAUUAUUGGACAAUAGUAAGCUAAAGGUCCUAGACGUGGGGUGUGGAGGUGGAAUUUUGUCAGAGUCAAUGGCAAGAUCUCCAUUUGUGGCGAGCGUGGAGGGGAUAGACUUGUCAGCCGACGUGUUGGAGGCAGCAAAGAUACAUAAAGCCAAGGAUCCAAUGUUGGCAAACAAGUUACAAUAUAAGUUAUCUGCUAUUGAAGAUCUUCCAAGGGAGGAAAGAUUUGACAUCGUCACCAUGUUUGAGGUUUUGGAGCACGUCGAUUACCCAUCACGAGUACUCCUCGAGGGAUUGGAGAGGUUGGAGGUGGGGGGCUGGUUGUUCCUCUCAACUAUCAAUAGAGACCCAGUGAGCUGGUUCACGACAAUAUUGAUGGGUGAGCACAUAUUAAAGAUUGUACCCGUUGGCACACAUACGUUGGAAAAGUACAUUAAUCAAUAUGAAAUUAAAGACUGGGUGGAGGAGGAUGCCAAUAGGAGAGAAAAGUAUAAAGUUGUGGAUACGAGAGGAUGUGUGUAUAUCCCAGCGUACGGGUGGGAGUUUACUUCGUGUCCAAACGUGGGUAAUUACUUCAUGGCUAUUCAACGAAAAUACUAG